AUGGCUAAUAGUAAUAAUAAUAUUGGUUCAUCAGAUAAAACACAAAAUGAGUAUUUAGAUGAAGAUAAUAAAGAAAUUGAAGAUAAUGAAGAAUGUGAUUUGACUUAUAUUUCUGAGACAGAAUUUGGUGAGUAUCUUCAAGGGUGGGUAGAAAUAUCGCAAUAUUUAGAAUUUGAUUAUAAGGUUAUCAAUAUGGGUUUAGAUAGUAUGACUUUAUCAAAAUAG